CAGCGACCUUGUUGUGCAAGGUAAUAUUGAGAGAAGCGCGAUAUUAAGCGCGGUUUCAUCCUCCGAGGGGAGCAGUGCCACAUGAGAGCCAUCUUUACAGUGGUGGGCGUGCACUAGCUAGCAGGGUGAAAUGAUAAAUGACGGCGGAGUUCUGAAGCGGAAUAUUCUUUUUUACUCUCUGGAGUCGAGUUAGCCAGCUUCGACUGAGUGAACGUCAGUGCUAAAUCCACUCGUUUGUGCGGAGAAAGCGGCGCUGAGGUAAGAAAGCGCUGGACAAAGCGAGUUAUUCAACUUAGAAUUAACGCUAGCCUAAAGACAAAACGCCGAGGAUCUGUCCAUUUUGACGGCUGUUUCUGGCGUGGCAGUCCAUCGGUUACCGGCGUUUUUGACCGCCAAGCGGCGGACGACAGGGAUGUGUGGGAUGUCGGGAUGACAGGAAGAUGGCAAACGGGGUUGGAAAACACAAGCUGCUCGUCAUUGGACCAACAGAGCCAUGGUCGGUGAGGGAGAAGCUGUGUUUGGCCACAUCUGUCAUGAAGAGUGGCGACCAAAACUGGGUCUCUGUAAGUCGAGCGAUCAAACCGUUUGCAGAACCUGGACGCCCACCUGACUGGUUCUCCCAAAAGCACUGUGCCUCCAAAUACUCAGAGCUGCUGGAAAACACAGAAGCCCCAAAGAGGAAGCGUGGAGAGAAAGGUGAAGUCGUAGAGACGGUGGAGGAUGUGAUCGUACGCAGGCUCACGGCUGAGAGGAUAGAAGAACUGAAAAGGUUGAUAAAGGAGACGCAAGAGAGGCACAGGGCCCUGAAGAGAGAGUCAGAGCUCAUUCAAGCGGGACAUCUAGACUCCAAGCUUGAGGAAUUAUGGCAAGAUAUUGUACAGAAGAAGAAACAGGAAGAGGAAGAAGCAGAAAUCAAAAGAAAAACCACAGACGCUGCUUACCGAGCCAGGCAGGUAGCGAAGAUCGCGCCAAAGCGAGUGGCUGGCGUCACGCUGCAUUCACCACCGGGUAGCUCUCCAAGCCAGGAGUUCUCGCACGAUGACCCGCUUGAAAGCAUAGCGAUGGAUUUUGUGUCCUCGAAAAAUUCUCAAGGUUCAACCAGGUUAAUGUUAUGUGCUGAUUCAGCUGGGUCUGUCAGUGAAGACAUCACUCACGUGUCACUUCUGGAUGACACGACUCAAAAGAAGCUUCUGGUCCAGAAAGGGACCCCGCCACCUUCUCCACUUUUGUCUGAGCUGCUAAAGAAAGGGAACCUCCUCGCCUCAAAUGCACGGCUACUAGGUGAUGGUGACUUGCUGACCGCGACUAACAUGACAGGAGUCCACGAUUUGCAGCUGGUUUCGCCCUGUCAACCUCUAUCUCAGGCAACAGGUGCCCCGAUGCUGUCGCGUCUCUUGGAGGCUCGUCCCUCCCAGCUGGGUUUCAUGGUCGGCACGGAGUCGGCGUCAAACACUCCCACCUCUGCUUCAACUCCAGUUGCAGUGCCCGGAUGUACAGAGGUGGACAUGAUGAUUCCAGCGGUUCCUCGUGGAUGUCAACCAGCUCCUGCAGGCUUGAAGGUGUCAGAGCUCAGUGAGGAAGAUGUUUCCGUGUCAUAUAUGGGAGACGAACUGGACCUGAAGACGGUCGGAGACAUCAUCGCCAUCAUUGAGGACAAGGUGGAUGAGAGCGCGGAGGCUCUGGAUGCGGCUGCGGUGGAGGCUGCUCUGUCGCUGUGUGAGGAGAACGGUCACGCUCUGCCGGCCACCUGGGAGGCCGAGUCCUUCCAGCCUCACAGCUCUCACCCCGCAGUGGCUCCGGUGGUUCCACAGGCGUCAUCGUUUCCCAGCAGCCUGGCAGUGAAGACGGAAGGAACGGAAGCUCAGAACGGGACUUCCAACCCGCCGUAUUCUCUGUGCGGCGGUCCAGAUAACUGCCUGACAGCACUGCCCACGGGGUUCCGUGGUCUUCCGUCACACACCGUACCGCCAUGUAAUUCAAGGAGUUUGGAUCACUGCCACAAUGGAGCACCUCUGCAGCCUGAGGCCGUCGCUGGAGCCCUGGUGAACCAUGAAGGGCAGCUUCCAUUUGAUGUCGCCGUGAAGUGUCAGAGUGAGAAAUGGACGCAGCAGAGGCCCAACGACGAAGCACUUCAACAGAGUCCCAUGGCAAAACUGGAUGUUGUGGAAGCGAAGGAUGAGGUCACCAGUCUCGGUGGAGAAGCGUCGGGGCUUCAAAUAGACAGCGAGGUGAACGGUCGAGACGUGUGCGGAGAAGACGACGGAGACGCCAUCGACGACUCCUCCUCGGAGCCGGAGCUGGAACCUGCCGCCAGCGAGAGUGAGGACGGCUACAGUCUCCACACGGCCUCCUCCUCCCUGCAGCUGCACACCACCGCAGACUCCAUCCCCAGCAGCCCCGCCUCCUCCCAGUUCUCCAUGUGCAGCGAGGACCUGGAGGCUCUGCAGGCGCAGAAGAUCUGGAAGAAAGCCAUCAUGCUGGUGUGGCGCGCUGCGGCCAACCACAGAUAUGCAAACGUCUUCCUGCAGCCGGUGACGGACGAUAUCGCUCCUGGUUACCACAGUAUUGUGCACAGGCCCAUGGACUUGGCCACCAUCAAGAAGAACAUCGAGAACGGGUUGAUCCGGACCACCGCUGAAUUCCAGAGAGACAUCAUGCUGAUGUUUCAGAACGCCGUCAUGUACAACAGUCUGGAUCACGACGUGUACCUCAUGGCCCUGGAAAUGCAGCGGGACGUCAUGGAGCAGAUCCAGCAGUUCCUGGCUACACAGUUGAUCAUGGAGACGUCAGAGUCCGGCAUCAGCGCCAAGAGCCUGAGGGGCCGCGACGGCAUGCGCAGGCAGGACUCCACUGACAAGGACUCUGUCUCCAUGUCCUCUCCCGCCUUUCUGCUCUCUCUCUUUGACGGAGGCACCAGGGGGCGCCGUUGUGCCAUAGAGGCCGACCAGAAGAUGAAGAAGUGAACACCAAGGUGUCCACAGCUGUAUGAUGUGAAACCUAUUUCCUGUCAGUUGCACUCUACACUCGUGCAGUGUUGUUCUUUAUUUGCACUUCUGUAACUGCAAGCGGACGGACAGAGACUGUCUCCCAGGCAGAAACGGAUGAAUCCCUAAAAAGACAAUUCAGGAUGACGGAGGAGGUGGGAGCUUCCUUGGCUGUAGAUUACUCGUCUUCGCCCGCACAGAUCCUCCUGACCAAGAGACGUUCUUCACAGGUGGAACUUCAGGUUAGUGCGACACUAAUAUGUACAGGCCAAAGAGUUCGAAUGCUCGUCCAUCGCAUACUGACUCCAUCAACAAUCAAGUUCUUCAUUUCAGUGUUGAUUUUGAACCUUACUUUCGUGGCUCUUAACUUUGACAGUAUUGGUUUUCUAUCGGUUUUAUCGUCGCGCUGUAUUUUCAGUGAAACAGUACUUACAGUAUGUGGAUGUUGUGUUUUUGUGGUAAAAAUUAACUAUUUGUUUUGUGAACUUUUAAGUGUUACAACAAUAAACCUUUAUA